UCUGAAACAAAACAAAAAACUGCACCGAUUAGCAUAAUAAUACAGAUAAAAAAGUGUACCGCAGACACGUACAAUUCACGUCAUGUCGUUGUCUGCCACUAAUGCACAGACACAUAAUAUUUCAGAUAGUCGAGGAACUCAUAACGACAACAAUGGUUAUUUAUUACCAUUGAACAUAGGGCGCGCGUAUAGUACAAGUAAUUUCUCCAAAAGAAAACAAAAACGAAGCAUGAGACGUUCGACAUCAACGACAUCGUCUGCAUUAGCGUUGCUGGCAUUUCUAUUUUUUUUGAACAUACUACAAAGAUCCUUGGAUGAAAGCAAACAAGGACCAGUGUUGAUGACGCGCAUAACAAAGCAGACAAAAAUACGACCGCGCAAUGAUUUCAUCGAAGACAAACAGUCAACUAUUGAAACUACUACUCUUGACAAUAUUAUGGUUAAAAAAUUUGAAAACAUCUAUAAUAACAGGGGUUUGAGUACCCAAUAAAGAUUAAAUUUAUGGGUCGCCAUUGCAAAAAGUUUGGGAAACACUGCCCUAGACAAAUAUGAAAUGAUAGUAAUUUUUUUAAUUGUAAUAAUAAACAACUAAUUGUAAUGAUGAUAUUAU